UAAAAGUAGUACAUAGUAAGUUCCUGUCAAUUGGUAUUAUUAUUACUGGUUGGAUAUAUUUUGUUGCUUGGAGUAUAUCAUUUUAUCCACAAAUAAUUCUUAAUUUUACUAGAAAAAGUGUUGUUGGAUUGAAUUUUGAUUUUUUAUUACUAAAUAUUAUUGGUUUCAUGUGUUAUGCAACAUAUAAUAUAUUGAUGUAUUUUAAUCCAUAUAUUCAGGUUUGA